AUGCUCGCUUUCAUCCAUCUUCUGCCGACUUGGGUCAGAGACAAGGUGGUCCAUCACAAACCAACGACGGUCCUACCAAUGAUGGACACGGCAGCGGCGUACCUCAGGAUCAGAACAGCCAGCACCAGGCCACCAACCCUAAUGUGGGAGCAUCCCACGAUGGGGAGGGAUCCCUCGCCACCCCCCGAGAAGGCACCUCUCUACGAGAGAUUGAUCGGCCUCGUCAUUCUCGUCAUGCUACUCCUGCUGCUUCUCCUAGUGGUCCUCCUCGGACCCCAGCCACCUCAGCUCGCGCCGCUUAUCCUUCGGCCCCUUCUUCUGCACCUCCUCGUAGCCAUGCUCAGCGUCCUGUUGCUCCUCGUCGAGACAAUCAACCUGGACCUGGCUCUCGCCCAGACACUCAACCUGUACCAAGCCAGGUACAAGGCUAUGGGCAGUUGCUAG